AGGAUACACCAAAUCCUUGAUGUUGCCAGAGAUGCGGCCUCCCAAGGGAAACCAUCGGCGGAAUCAUUCCCAAUAUAGCUGCGAGGCCUGGUUAGGAGAAUACUCUGCGUCAUCCUCUAUCAAUGGUUCCAUCUCAGACAAUGCUGAAUUACUGCAUAUGGUGGAGAAAUGUGGACAACUGAACAAAACCAAGAUUGCUGAAGGAGGUCGGAAACUCAGAAAGUCCUGGACAUCAUCGUGGUUGGUAUUAGCCGGGAACAGCCUCAUGUUCUACAAGGACCCCAAGGUGACAGCUGCAUGGACUCCAUCUGGUAGCCGGCCUGAAAGCAGUGUCGAUUUGCGUGGGGCUCGUAUUGAGUGGGCCCGUGAUUUGUCCAGCAAGCGGAAUGUCAUCCAUUUUCGCACUGUGACUGGCAAUGAGUAUCUCUUGCAAUCAGAUAAUGAAGCUGUCAGCCAGGACUGGUACCAGGCGAUCAAAGGGGUCAUCCACAGGCUAGAUCAAGAGAAUCCUCUGGAUGAGCCGCUUCUAUACCCACUCUAUCGGUCCAACAGUGCUGAGCUUGUGGAUUUCAGCUGGGAUGACGAAGAAGAACUUGGGGUCUCCAAGGGUGAAGUGCCAGCAGCCCCUGGUAGCCCUGGCAGAGUCUACAAGAAAAGGGUCAGAAGCAAGCUGAGACGCUUCAUCGCCAAGAGGCCACCCCUGAGAAGUUUACAGGAGAAAGGACUGAUCCGAGAUCAGGUCUUUGGCUGUCGGCUAGAAGCCUUGUGCCAGCGAGAAGGGGGCACAGUACCCCGAUUUGUCCAACAAUGUGUGGAAGCUGUGGAAGAGAGAGGACUGGAUGCAGAUGGGAUCUAUAGAGUCAAUGGGAACUUGGCCAUUAUUCAGAAGCUGAGAUUCAUAGUUGACCGUGAACGGGCAGUGACAUCCGAUGGACGCUAUGUCUUCCCAGAGCAACGUUGCCAAGAGGAGAGGUUGAACCUGGCCAGUCCACAGUGGGAUGAUGUGCAUGUGAUAACAGGGGCCUUGAAGCUUUUCUUCCGAGAGUUACCUGAAUCCCUAGUGCCCUACAGCCACAUUGAUGAAUUUAUAGCUUCUGUCAAGAUAUCCGAUCACAAGGAAAAAGUGUCAAAGCUUACUGGGCUGAUCCAGAGUCUCCCUCAACCAAACCGGGACACAUUGCAUUACUUACUUCAGCACCUCCGCAAGUAA